AUUUGUUUUGUAUCACUCUGAUAUAACCGUCAUCAUGGCAAGCCCUGUUGUUGAUAUUAAUGAAGGCAAGAUACGGGGUUACGAGAAGAAAAUUAAUAACAAAGUUUACUAUGGAUUUAAAGGAAUUCCGUACGCCAAGCCACCUGUUGGAGAGUUGCGGUUCAGGGUUCCGGAACCUCCGGAGCAGUGGGAGGGAGUACGGGAUGGGACUACAGACUGUAACAUCUGCAUUCAAUUUGACAAAAUGUCCAAAACCGUCGUAGGCAGCGAGGACUGUUUGUUCCUAAAUGUUUUCACCCCCUCACUGCCAGAGGCGGAAGGGCCCCGAGGGCUGCCAGUCAUGGUGUUCAUCCACGGCGGCGGGUUCAUGUUCGGCUGCGGCACCGACCCCUCGCACCUCGGCCCGGAUUGGCUGGUUGAGCAAGACGUAGUCAUGGUCAGCCUUAACUACCGACUGGGCAUUCUUGGAUUUCUUAAUCUGGAUCGCCCUGACGCUCCGGGCAACAUGGGCCUCAGGGACCAAGUCCAAGCCCUAAAAUGGGUACAGAAAAAUAUCAGCAAAUUCGGUGGUGAUCAUAAUAAUGUCACCAUAUUUGGAGUAAGCGCUGGUGGCUCGUCCGUUGAAUAUCUUCUACUCUCACCAAUGGCUAAAGGCCUUUUUCAUAAAGCUAUUAUGCAAUCUGGCUCCACACUACUGAAUUGGGCCAUAAAUAAAAACAUGAGGGACAUCAUUAAAAAAUUACCACAAAUGAAAGAUAAUAAUAAUAGAAAUGAUGAUAUAUUAAUACAAAUACUAAAGAGUUUGACUGGUGAAGAUUUAAUAAUGGCAUCUAUGACAGCUCUGGAAGCCACUAAGAGGAAAGGUGGACUUUAUUUUGGGUUCGUACCAUCAGUAGAAAAACCUAGUGGAUGGGAGCCAUUUUUAGAUAAAUCUCCCCUAGACUUAUUGUCUCGCGGUGAAUUCACACAUGUCCCUAUCAUGACAGGCUUCUGCGCUCGAGAGAACAUUUUGCUGCGAUUUUAUGCUCCGCACUUGCUGGAAAAAUUAAAGCAAGAUAAAAUAUUUCUGGAUCAUUUACCCUUUGAAAUUGAUAAUGGAUUAAAGGCUGAAGUUGAAGACAAAUUAAAGAAGAUAUAUUUGGAAACCGAGAACCGCUACGGCGAAGACGACGAAUAUGCCAUAGACUUUUUCUCGGAUGUCGACUUUAUUGCUGGUAUUUACAUUUCUGCUACGUUGAUAUCGAAAAGGAACCCUUCAGUAUACUUAUAUGAGUUCGCCUACAGUGGGAAACUAAACUAUUUGAAAGUGAAGCUUGGGAUUACAUCUCCUGGCGCUUGCCAUGGUGACGACUCCGGAUACAUUCAGCCUUCUGCCGUGGUACCCACCAACAACAUAUCAGAUACCGACAAAACGGUUAGGGACAGAAUGGUGAUGAUGUUUACCAACUUUGCUAAAUAUGGAGAUCCGACUCCGGCUGUGGACAAUCUCAUUACGACCAAGUGGGAGCCCCUAGGGCCGUCAGGCCGCAGCUUGUUUAUCGACGACCAGCUCACCAUGCGGCCCUUCCCUUACACAGCGCGGACUGCGCUCUUUGAGCAAUUAUACAACGGUCAAUACGGACCUAAAUGUCACUGCUAA